GUUAAGUGAAAUAACUCGCUUAGUGUGCUGCUUGAAACAAUAAUGUGAUUAUCAGUGAAGUAAUUGCUGUGUGUGUUUGUGUGUUUGUACUUGCAGUUUGAACACGUCAGUAUACAAACGAUUCAUCAAGAAAAUGCUUAGAUCCAAUUCUGGACCGAAAUCAUUUGCAAGACCUCGGCCUUCAGGAGGUAUGUACUCUUCUCCGAAGAAGUCCAAACAAAGGUGUGAGAGACCUUUGUCUCCUGAAGACCUCAACCCUCCCACCAUCUUGAGGGAGCACGGACAAAGGGGUGAGGGCCCCUUGUCCAGUGGAGGCACCAACCCUUCUGGCACCAUGAAGGGGCACAGGCAUUGGGGUGAGGGCCCUUUGUCUUGUUCAGAGAACCUGCCCUCUACCACCAGGCAGCGAGAACGAAAGGAUGUGAGUUCUUUGUUCUUCGUUGGCACAAACCCUUCUACCACCAUGAAGGAGCACAAGCAAAAGGGUGAGGGCCCUUUGUCUUGUGCAGAAAACAAGGCCUUACCACCAGGCACCAACCACUAAGGGCUGUGAGAUUUUUCUCUUCUGAUGAAGUCAGGUCUUUUACUCCAAUGCGGAAACAAGCAUGGAGGAGUGAGAGCUCUUUGUCUUUGUCUUCUGAAGACGACCAGCCUUCUACCACGAGGAGGGAGCCAGAAAAAAGGGCUGAGAGCCCUUCUUCUUCUGAUGAAGUCAAGUCUUUUACUCCAAUGCGGAAACAAGCAUGGAGGAGUGAGAGCUCUUUGUCUUCAUCUUCUGAAGACGACCAGCCUUCUACCACGAGGAGGGAACCAGAAAAAAGGGCUGAGAGCCCUUCUUCUUCUGAUGAAGUCGAGCCUUUUGCUCCAAUGCGGCUUCAGGCAUGGAGGAGUGAGAGCUCUUUGUCUUCCUCUUCUGAAGAAGACGAGCCUUCUACUCCAAGGCAGCAGCAGCAGCAUGGAAUGGUGAGACCUUUGUUUUCAUCUUCCAAAGACGACCAGCCAUGUACCGCCGAGCAGCAACAACGAAAGGAUGUGUACUCCUUGUUCUAUGUUGGCACCAACGCUUCUACCACCAAGCAACAAGAACAAAAGGAUGUGUACUCCUUGUUCUAUGUUGGCACCAACGCUUCUACAACCAAGCAACAAGAACAAAAGGAUGUGUACUCCUUGUUCUAUGUUGGCACCAAACCUUCUAACACCAUGAAGGAACACAGACAAAGGGGUGAGUACCUUUUGUCUUCCUCCAAAAAAGACGACCAGCCUUCUACCACCAGGCAGCAAGAAGAAAGGGCUGAGAGCCCUUCUUCCUCUUCUGAAGAAGAGGAGCCUUCUACUGCACGGCGGCAGCAAGAAGAAAGGGCUGAGAGACCCUCUUCCUCUUCUGAAGAAGACGAGGCGUCUACCACCAGGCAGCUAAAACAAAAGGAUGGGAGCUCUUUGUUCUGCGUUGGCACCAACCCUUCUACCCCCAUGAAGGAGCACAGGGAAAGUGGUGAGAGCUCUUCGUCUUCCUCUGAAGAAGACGACCAGCCUUCCACCACGAGCACGCGGCAAGAAAAAAGGGCUGAGAGCCCUUUGUCUUCCCCUAGUGAAGACGAGCCUUCUUCCACGAGGAGGCAGGAAGAGAAAAGGUCUGAGAGUCCUUUGUCUUCCUCUUCUGAGGAAGACGAGCCUUCUACCACUCUGAGGCAGCAACAACAAAGUCCUGUCUCCUUCAUAGAGAUCAACCUUUCUACCACCUUGAGUCAGGAUGGACAAAGUUGUGGCGGCCCGUCCUCUACAUCUUCAUCUUAUGAGGACGACGAGCCGGCUAAUAGCUUUUUAUCCAUCCAUCUGAGUGCAAGAGGGAAGUUAGGGGAUGCAAGACAAAAUGAGGCAACAGAAAGAGUAAAAAGAGAAAGAGAGAAGUGUGAAGAGAUGAAGAACAAGAACCAGGAGGAGGAGAGGAUAACCUUAGGUCUGCGUUCAAGGAUUUACAUUUGGUGGCUCAACCGCAAGAUGGACCGCAUUGCUCAAGAAAUCCAGUCAACCGUCGUGGAUGAGCGGAACCUCCUGCGUCACGGUCACCUCAGUAAUUCAAAGAAAAUGGCAGAAAAAGAACGACUGCUUGACCGAAGGACAGAGCUGGUUUUGUACAAACACAGACAAGAAUUUAAGGUGGAGAGGGAAGUGAGGAAGCAAAGAAUGAAGGUAAAGAGGAAGGAAGAAAAGGUCUUGAAGAUGGAGAAUAUCUCAAAGUUAUGCGACAACCCGAAAAAAAAGCCGUCAGACAGGCGUAGACUUAAAUUAUAUAGCAUUUAAGAGAAAAGGAGAGCAAUCAGAAAAAUGGCACCAAAUAGAAAGAGAUUUGACAAAACCGAAGUAAAGAAAAGUUAAAAAUUCUAUUAAAACAUUAGCAACCACCAUCAAAUAUCCUCCCAACCACCUGAUAACACCCUAGAUGCUUUAAUUCAAUUACAAAAUGAUUAGCCCCCCCUUAUGAAAUUAUACAAAUCUCUUGAUUUCUCCAUUGAAAUGACCAUCCAUCCAUCCAUCCAUCUUCGACCGCUUAUCCGGUAUUGGGUCGCGGGGGCAGCAGCUCCAGUAGGGGACCCCAAACUUCCCUUUCCCGAGCCACCUCAACCAGCUCCGACUGGGGGAUCCCGAGGCGUUCCCAGGCCAGGUUGGAGAUAUAAUCUCUCCACCUUGUCCUGGGUCUUCCCCGAGGCCUCCUCCCAGCUCCUCUCGGAUGA